AUGUCCAUACCCAUCGAUAGUCCGGGACAACUGAAAGCAAGCCACCCGAAAGUUGGGAAUGAUGAGCCUGAUGGUGAUGGUACAGGACGCCGGAAGCCCAGAACAAAUGCGGCUACCGGUGCUUCGGCUGCUGGAAUGCGCGCCAUAAGUGCUCAAGCUAUAGCCUUUUACUUUAGAACUCCGGUGAAGGCAUUCUUUCGUACUAGGGUCGAUUACAUGGCUCUAGCCAAAGCGAUCGGACCGCAAACUACAACAGGAGGAUGGUCAUGGAAAACGACUACCCCUGGACUCCUUGCAAAUGCCGUCCAGACACAUGGUUGGGUUUUUAUACCAUACCAAGUCCUUCCGCCGCUCAUAGCGAAUGUUGGAGUUGGUGCCAUACUGUACACUUCCUAUCUACAAAUACUUGGAGCUAUGCAUGAGCCGACACUGAUGGGCGGUAAACGGGUCUAUCCGCCUCCCUCACCUCCUGUCACCUUCUUCGCAGGUUUCGCUGCAGGUGCCAUUCAAUCCAUUGCUGCAGCACCCUUAGACGCUAUACAGGCCCGGUCAAGGACCAGUGAUAUGAUAAAUGGGCAGUAUCGCAGCGCAUGGCAUUAUGGCUGGGAUAAACUCAAAACACUUGGCGCUCGAGGGGUGUUUUCUGGCUGGACAUUAUCGUUCUUGAAAGAUAGCUUCGGAUCUGCCGUGUUCUUCAGCUUGUUCGAAACCGUCAAGGCUCAGGGAUAUUACCAUUUCAUCACGCGGUACUACGGUUCUCUCAAAGCGCAAUCCAUCCAGAUACUAUCCUCACCUACUGCACCUGGUGAAAUACCUGUGAUAAAACCGCAUUAUGCGCUGGAGCCUGCAUUCCUCAUGCUGGCAGGUAUUACAGCUACCAUCUUCCAGCAAGCCGUUCUACACCCUCUAAGCCUGGUACAAAAUAUCUAUUACCGGAAUCUAGACCAUCUAGAUAAACGGGUUCGUCACUCCCGCUCGGGCAGAGAGAUGAUGGAGCAUCGUGCCAACGCAUAUAUGGAGACAUUUAAGAAAUGUCAGCGCCAGGCACGGCGGGUAGGUGGCUGGCGGACGUGGCUGUAUGGAGGGUUUUUCAUGAACACUCUCCGCCAACUUCCUAGCACCAGUGCCGGUCUAAUCAUUUUUGAACUUGUUCGGCGCAAGUAUGGUGUGCCUACUGAGGCCGUACACAUACAACUUGACGGAUACGAUAUUAUCCUUACCUGA